UUCGAUAAAUUUCAUUCGUUAUUAUUUAUCAUUUGGUAAAUUGUAGUUUUCGGUUCAAUCGUUAUUUGCUAUGACUUCUUAGAAUUGAAUUAUUUGAACUGUAGCUAUGGCCGGACGACCGGUAGUCCGUACAUCCACAAGCCGCUUCCUAGCGGUGUUCCAGUACCUAUGUGCUUUUGUGGUGAUCCUUGCAAGGUAGAAAUUUCGGAAGACGAGGAAACCUAUCGGCAGAGGUAUUGGAUGUGUUCGAAUUUUGCCUGGGAGCCUACGCCAAAACAACGCCGCAGUAACUUUAUUACCCCUCCACCAUUGUGUGAUUUUGAGCAGUGGAUCGACACUGAGGUUAAGGAGUCCGACAAGCGGCUUCUACAAGGCCUAAAGGAGUGGGAUGCAGAGCGUGCAGAGAUAUUAGAGAAGAGACGUAGAGAGGAGGCUCAAAAGAGGGAGCACAAGGAAGAGGAGGAAAGAAGACGUGUUGCUGCGGCUCGGGAGGAGAGGGAAAAGAAGCUUGAGCGUGUGCGCCGAGCGAAGGCAGCGAUUGAUGAGAAUCCAGAUGCCCAGAGGAAGGGAAAGUGGCCUCGUUGCACUCAGUAGUUACAUUACCUUCUUGUUCUUUGUUUGGUUCAUGGACAAUAUUGUUUUGUGUUGGAAUUUUCAAUUUGUUGUUA